AUGAGUAUGACCUCCACCCCCUUCCACUCGGCUUCCCUCCCCUCACCCCCCUUCCUAACUGUUGCCGGAAUCCCCAACUUCCGCGACUUAGGCGGCUACCCGCUCUCCAAGUCCAACACGCACUCCAUAAAACGCUCCCUAAUCUACCGUUGCGGUGAGCCUACCCGCGUAACCCCAGAAGGCAUCGCCGUCAUGCAAAACUUAGGUAUCACACAUAUCUACGACUUGCGUUCGGUGCCCGAGCUACAACGAAACCGGGAUGCGGGACGGGGGGACGUGGUGCAGUGGGAAGGGUGUGAAAGGGUUUUCGUGCCAGUAUUUAGGAAUGAGGAUUAUAGUCCUGAGGGCAUAGCGAUGCGAUUGAUGGAUUAUGCUAGUCCUGAUGCUGAGGGCUUCACGAGAGCUUAUACAGAUAUCCUGAAUAAUGCCCCCAAUUCCUACAGGACUAUUCUAUUACACCUAGCAAAUGAACCAACAAAGCCGCUCAUUGUUCACUGUACGGCAGGUAAAGAUCGUACAGGCGUCUUUUGCGCGCUCAUUUUGUCGCUUUGUGGAGUUGAAGAUGAUAUUAUAGCGGAAGAGUAUAGCCUCACGGAGAUGGGACUGCCUAUUGAGUGGAAGGAAGCUGUUAUUGAGCAUUUAUCUGAUAAUCCUGUUUUGAGGGGGAAUAAGGAGGGAGCGUGGAACUUAAUCAGCGCGAGAGCUGUUAAUAUGAUGUCGACUUUGCAAAUGAUUCAGGAAAAAUUUGGUGGCGCGGAGGCGUAUAUAAUAGAAAAGUGUGGGCUCACGAAAGAGGAGGUUGAGAAGAUCAAGGCGAACUUGAUUGUGGAUAUGCCCGCGAUACACCAGAAAUUAGAGCACAAAAUAUAG